AUGGACGACAUCAGCGAUGUUAGCAUUGCUAGAUUCAACGAUUCGCCUUAUUUGCGGCCAUUUCGCAUGCAGUUUAAACAGUGUAAUCGUAAACUGCAAAUUUUUUUGCAGUUUGGUUUCAACGUGUUUCCCGAUAUUAUGCGGCCGUUCAACACGCAGUAUCGGGCGUACUCUGUUUCGAUGAUACCUGGUAACGAACGACGUGAUGUGGAGGCAGGAGGAAAGAUUAUUAUGCCACCGUCUGCACUUGACCAGCUAACUCGCUUGAACAUCGAGUAUCCCAUGUUGUUCAAACUGACCAAUAAAAACACGGACAGGGUGACGCAUUGCGGCGUGCUAGAGUUUGUGGCAGACGAGGGAAAGAUCUACCUUCCAUUCUGGAUGAUGACCAAUCUGCUGCUGGAAGAAGGAGGCCUCAUCAAAGUGGAGAGUGUCUCGUUGCCCGUGGCAACGUUCUCGAAGUUCCAGCCACAGGCGCCGGACUUUCUCGACAUCACAAACCCGAAAGCGGUUCUAGAGAAUGCACUACGAAGUUUUGCAUGCCUAACAUCCGGAGAUGUCAUUGCAAUUAAAUACAACGAAAAGAUAUAUGAGCUUUGUGUGCUAGAGACCAGGCCAGGCAAGGCCGUCAGCAUCAUUGAGUGUGACAUGAACGUGGAGUUUGCAGCGCCUAUUGGAUACCAGGAACCUCGAUCACAUCGUCAACAACCUGGUCAGGAGGAGGAGACGCCAAUGGACGAUAUCGUAGAAGCUGAUGGGUUUGUUCCGUUCGCCGGUGAGGGAAACAGGCUGGAUGGGAAAGAGAGGAGCGGUGAUCUGUCACCUGUCAGCACGCCUCAAGGAGAGCAGAGGAGAGGAAUUCCAAACUGUGACUACAAUAGGAGAAAGCUGACGUUCAUCAGAGAAGUACGACCGAUCAAUAACACGGAAGCAGAGGAAAAGGAGUUGCAGCCUUUCGAGGCUUUCAAAGGAGAAGGUCAGAGCCUAAAACAGAAGCGAACGACAGCGAAGAACUGAGAUUGUUCCCCCGUCGUUCUCGUCUCAUCGUUCCGCAUCCCGCUUCCGCAUAGUCUUACCCACCAUUGGACUUCAUCAUCAUGUCGUCGAUCGGCAAGGUAAACACGGGGCCGCGAAUGCCAGCCCUCGGCGGACGUGACAGCACGAAGAGUAGUCAAACUGAUGGCUGGUGGCUCCGCCGUUGAUGACCAGUCAGGUGUUGGAAUUCAAGCAGUGGGAACCGCUUUGUAUUCUUCCGUCGGGAUUCGCGUGUAGAAUUGCCGCGAGUUUCCUGCGUGUAGGUGACGAAAUUCGUUCUCCUGCGGGAAAUGUUUCUUCCCAAAAAAUGUUACGCCCGAAUGUUUCUUCCCAAAAAAUGUUCUGCCCAAAGGUUUCUUCCCCCCCCCGGAUGGCUCCCGUAAACAGCAUUCCGAUGUGUCACUUUGAUCCGGGGGAUUUCCUCGUCUUAUCGUCAAAUUCUUGCGCAGACCUUUCAUCGCUUAUAAACGAUCUGCAAACUAUUCUGGACUAAGUGGUUGCAACGGAUGCCUAAAACUGGCUGGCUAUUAUUUGCAGAGGUGGUUGAGCAACAAUUUUAUAUUUAUGCAUUGAAUAUGUGUACUAUAUAGUGAUUAUAGUUGUUGUCCAGCCAGCAAGUAAAUGUUUGUCGUUUCUAUUUUAUGCGAGCGUGAAUGUGAAUAAUGACUUCGUAUAAUAUAAUAUAAAAAUGAAAUAUUUAUCAU